AAUGAAGAUGAUGGUGGCGGUGAAAACAUUCCUGCUGCUGCUGCUGCUGCUCGUGGUAUCGUCACAAGUUCAGGGCGGCAAGAGGGACUGUGAGGCGGCUGGCGGGAGAUGUGUUCCCGCCAAAACCUGUGACGUCACACCUUCUCAACAUGGCUGCCGGGGGCAAGAUGACGUCUGCUGCAUCAACGCUCCAUCACGCAAGAACAGUGAAGUAAAGAAACAAAGGAAGAGGAAGCAACUGAAGAUAAAUAAGAACAAGAGAAUUAGCAAGAAAGCAUACCAGCUGAAGGAGCCCAAAGAUAAAGUGAGGAAGCUGAGAGCUGGUCGCCAGGACACCAGAGAUGAAGGUGACGACAAAUACGGAGGAGGAGGCAACACUUGCGAGGAUACGGGCGGACAGUGUCACCCCAAGAAAUACAAGUGUAAGAAGAUUAAAGCCAAGGGAUGCGCAAGAGGAGAAAAAUGCUGUAAAGGAACGCAAGGUGGGCCGGCACAUCAUGGUGGUAUGGUCGGUCCCCGGGGUCCCCCAGGCAUACCUGGAGUUGACGGACAACCAGGACAACCAGGUCCUCCAGGUCCUCCCGCAAAAGAUGGAGCGCCUGGAAAAGAUGGUGCUCCCGGUAAAGAUGGUGUUCCCGGCAUGACCGGUGCUACAGGCAAAGAUGGGUCUCCUGGAGUGGCCGGUCCUCCAGGUAAGGAUGGCGCUCCUGGAAAGGACGGUCCUCCAGGAAUGGACGGUAUGGCAGGCAAGGACGGUCAUCCAGGCAAUGACGGUACUAACGGCACAAACGGUGCACCCGGUAAGGACGGUCAUCCAGGCAUGCGUGGUCAUGCAGGCCAUGAUGGUGCACCAGGUAAGGACGGUAUUCCAGGCAGAAACGGUACAAACGGCAAUGACGGUACACCAGGGAAGGACGGUACUCCCGGCAAGGACGGCGCUCCUGGACAAAAGGGAGAGCAAGGAUAUCCAGGUACCCCAGGUGCCGAUGGUAAAAACGGUACUGAUGGAACGCCAGGUCGUAAUGGUGCUGAUGGUUAUCCAGGACCUCCAGGACCUCCAGGACCUAAAGGUUCAGUAGGACCUGCUGGGAGACCAGGAUCUAAAGGACUACGAGGACCCUUGGGGCCUCGGGGGCCUCAAGGACCCAGAGGUCAUGAAGGACCUGCAGGCGCAAAUGGAACAAAAGGAGCUACUGGAGAUAUAGGACCAAAAGGAGCUUCUGGAGAUCCAGGUCCACAGGGAGCUAAAGGAGAUACAGGAAGUCAAGGUCCGCCAGGUGUUCCAGGCAAAGAUGGAGUUAAUGGUACUCAAGGUCCUGUAGGACCCAAGGGAGAGCCUGGAAACAAUGGGUCAGCAAACAAUGGAAAUCACGGAGGCGCUGGAUCAGGAAAUCAUGGACAAGAAGGAGGCGCUGGAUUAGGAAAUCAUGGACAAGAAGGAGGCGCUGGAUCAGGAAAUCAUGGACAAGAAGGAGGCGCUGGAUUAGGAAAUCAUGGACAAGAAGGAGGCGCUGGAUUAGGAAAUCAUGGACAAGGAGGCGCUGGAUUAGGAAAUCAUGGACAAGAAGGAGGCGCUGGAUUAGGAAAUCAUGGACAAGGAGGCGCUGGAUUAGGAAAUCAUGGACAAGAAGGAGGCGCUGGAUUAGGAAUCAUGGACAAGAAGGAGGCGCUGGAUCACUAAAGAAUGGACAAGAAGGAGGCGCUGGAUCAGUAAACAAUGGAUAAACAAUGGACACGAAGGAGGCGCUUUAUCAGGAAACAAUGACAACCAAGGAGGCGCUUUAUCAAGAAACAAUGGACACCAAGAAGGACCAGUAAUAGUGUAAAGUUUGCCUAUGAGGUGCCGUUUUGGUUUUCCCAACGGCACGUCGUUGGUGUACUUUUCCCUAUGAACGUCAGCGAUGGCGUCCUCUCACUAAAAUAUCCCGGGAAACGACUCGAGUGUUUAGCCCAAAAGUUAGUUCUAGUUAUUUGUUUUCUCUCUCAAUAUUGUUCAAUGACUAUUCAAAGAUUAUAAGUAUAUUGUAUUUCAAAUAUUGUAAAUGAUUUUAAUAAAGAUUGCAUAUUCA